UCUGCAUAUUAGCGGUUGAGGGAUUGUAAGAUGUUGUGGUAACGCCGAGUGAGAGAAGACUCCUUGGAACCCUACCGCGGGCGUGGUUGUGGCGAUGGCAGGAGCUGACAGUAGCGGUGUGGGUGGCGGUGGGCGCUCCAUGGGCGGGAGCGGCCCGGUGGACGGAGGGGGCGUCAGAACCCCGCCCACCACGCCCAAGAAGGUGGGCGGCAAGAUGCUGGCAGUGAAGAUCCUCAUGCUGGACGACACGUACACACUCUUCCAGAUACAGAGCAAAGCGUGCGCCUCGGUGCUCCUCGAACAGGUGUGUCGCCAGCUCAACCUCCUCGAGUCGGAUUACUUCGGCCUCGAGUACACGGACGGCAACACCCGCUACUGGCUUGACCUCGAGAAACCCAUGAAUCGACAGGUGUGUCUGAGCCAGGUAGAACCAGUGCUGAGGUUCUGCGUCAAGUUCUACACCCCUGACCCCGCCCAGCUGGAGGAAGAGUACACACGCUACCUCUUUGCCCUCCAGAUCAAACGAGACUUAGCGCAUGGCUGGCUCAUGUGCAACGACAAUACUGCCGCCCUCAUGGCAUCCUACAUUGUCCAAGCUGAAUGUGGAGACUUCGUGGAUGAAGACUAUCCCGAUCACCGUUACCUCUCCCUGUACAAGUUUGUUCCCUCACAAGAUGGUGAAUUGGAGAGAAAAAUCAUGGAGAAUCACAAGAAACAUGUGGGUAUGACUCCAGCUGCUGCUGACUUGAACCUUCUGGAAACAGCUAGAAGAUGUGAGCUAUAUGGCAUCAAGAUGCAUCCUGCAAAGGAUCAUGAAGGAGUACCCUUAAACCUUGCUGUUGCGCACAUGGGUGUGUUAGUGUUCCAGAACUACACGAAGAUCAACACUUUCUCUUGGGCUAAAAUACGUAAACUAUCCUUCAAGCGUAAGCGCUUUCUCAUCAAAUUACAUCCAGAAGGAUAUGGCUAUUACAAGGACAUUGUGGAAUUUUUCUUUGAUGGACGUAACGAGUGCAAGAAUUUCUGGAAGAAGUGUGUGGAGCACCAUGGAUUCUUCCGAUGUUCACAAGUUAAGAAAGUGCCGCGCCAAAAAACCAGGGUGCUUUCACGAGGAUCUUCCUUUAGAUACAGCGGCAGAACUCAAAAACAAGUUCAGGAGUUUGUCAGAGAUAAUUACGUAAAGAGAGCACCAUUUCAAAGGUCUCAGUCAUUUCGACACUCUCCCUCAGUACAUACGAGCGUGAGCAACGUAGGUAUGAGUAUCUCUGCGCAACCUCUUCUUCCACUUGGAGACAAUCAAUGUGUUGGCACACCUGUAUCUUUAUCGUGUGGCUCCAUGACCCUGGCUUCUACAGGUGACCCACAGUCGCCGGGGUCACCCACCCAGACUGAGACUGCCGACCUCCAUGACUUCGACACUCGUGACCUGGAGACUCCCAGCGUGACCCCAUCAAGGCAGGACACCCUCUCACCGGAGACCUCGGUGACCUCUAGUCCACAGCGAGGUCAUGACCCCGAGUACUCCCACCAUCCAGUCACCAAUUCUACACAAGUGCAAACGGGAGUCUCACCGGCAGAGGUGACACCACCCAAGGUCAACGAUGCAGGCCCAGCACUGGCGUCUCACAGCCUCGCCUCCCCCAUUGGGCUGAGUCCAGAUGAGCCAGUUGUCAGCUCGCCGUCCAUCAAUGCCUCGCCUGUAACCUCACCCCUGUCGACACAGAAGGAAAAUAUACCCAUGUCUAAUCAUGUUAAUAACAGGGUGGACUCCAUUCCUAAUGGGCAUGACAAGUCAGUUACAGCUGCACGUGUUGGAGAAAUGGAAGGGGAAUCAAGGAAAAGAAAGUAUCCUAGUGACAAGGCCUAUUUCAUAGCCAAAGAAAUUCUAACAACAGAGAGAACUUAUAAAAAAGAUCUAGAGGUCAUUAAUAUGUGGUUACGAGAAGAAGUUGGAAAGGAGGAAGGGAUGCCGACAGAUAUCCUUAAUCAACUCUUCCAGCUGAUUGACCCAAUCUAUGAGUUCCACACACAGUUCUUGAAGGAGCUGGACACGCGUUUAGCAUUAUGGGAUGGUCGUGCAAGUGGAUCAAACAAGUUGGAAUCUCAGAGAGUGGGUGAUAUUAUGCUGAAAAACAUGAAUAUGCUAGAAUUGUAUGACAAAUACCUUAAGAGCCACUACUCAAUAUUGGAAGGCCUUGAAGCUUCCUUCCGUAAGAACCGACGCUUUGAGCAAGUGUAUCGAGACUUUGAAAUGCAAAAAGUCUGCUACUUGCCUCUGACGUCAUUUAUCCUGAAACCUCUUCAUCGUCUCCAGCAUUAUCACUUACUGCUUGACCGACUUGUAAAACAUUAUGGCAGUGCUAAUCAUCAUGACUACCGUGAGUGCAUGACAGCCAAAGCCAAGUUGAGUCAAGCUGUGAAAGGCAUGGGACCAGCCCUCGCUGCAUCUGAGAACCUUGUCAAGCUGGUUGAGCUGCAGCGAGAUCUGGUGGGAAUAGACAACUUAGUACAACCUGGUCGAGAGUUCUUGCGAGAAGGUUGCCUACAAAAGUUGUCUCGGAAAGGAUACCAGCAACGCAUGUUCUUCCUGUUCAACGAUGUCUUGUUGUACACAAAUCGCACCACAACCCCAGUGUUGCAGUUUAAGGUGCAUGGCCAACUCCCUCUCCGUGGAGUAAUGGUCGAAGAAACAGAGAGCCGAAUGGGAGCAACUAACUGUUUCACAAUCUAUGGAGGCAACAGGGCAUUAAUGGUAGCUGCAAACAGUGAUGAGGAUAAAGCCAAAUGGCUCGAAGACCUCACUGCAGCCAUCAGUCAGGCCAAGUCACGACCUGAUGAUGCCUUCCAUUAUCUAUCACUUAAGUCCAUCAGUUCCUCUGAUGAAGUUCUGGAUCGCAGUGAAAGCAGCACACUUGAGGAUCCUUUGAGUCCAACUCGAGGACUAGGAGAGAAAGGUGCAUCUCCGCAGCAGCGAUCCAAUACCACCGUCCAUGUUUGUUGGCACCGUGCCACCAGUGUGGCGGCAAGAGAUUACUCUCUAGCUGUGCAGAACCAACUCAGUGGGUACUUGCUACGCAAGUUCAAGAACAGCAUGGGCUGGCAGAAGCUUUGGGUGGUAUUCACCAACUUCUGCCUGUUCUUCUACAAGACCUUCCAGGAUGAUUUCCCUCUGGCUUCACUUCCAUUGCUUGGGUACACUAUAACUACACCUGGAGAAGAUGACCAAAUACAGAAGGAGUUUGUCUUUAAGCUCCAGUUUAAGAACCAUGUUUAUUUCUUCAGAGCGGAAUCCGAAUUCACUUUCUCUCGCUGGAUGGAAGUUAUUUCUACAGCUACUCAGAACUCAGCACGGACUCGUCUCUUUAGCCGGAAAGAGAGCGAAAAUGAGAGCAUUAGGUUGUAAUUCCCUAACUGAUAUUCUCCAUUGAUCUGAUUUCUUUUAUUAAAAGGACUUGUGAAUUUUUUAAAAAAUGUAUUUUAGAGGUUUCUUGGUAUUGGCAAUAAUAGAAAGAUCUAUAAAAGUUGCUCUGAAACAUAGCCAUGUAAAUUCUUCAGUUGAGUAAAUAUUAUAUAUAUAUAUCUCUUCUGUAUAAAAGAAAAUGUCUUUACAAAGAAAAUAUUAGGGCAAAUCUUUCCUUUUUCUUUUCUUUUUUUUUCUUUUUUUUUAUUUAGAUCUCACUUCUUGUUCUUUGUACAAACAGAUUAGGACUUAGUAAGUGAAUAACAAUUAAGCUACUGAUACUGAAGACCUAAUUCCUGAAUAGUCAAAUACCAGACCUAAAGAAACUUCAAUCCUAGACUUUUCACAGUGCACUAUUACUGUACACUGGAGAAUUAUGGUGUGUUUUUUUUCACUUACUUGUGUAGCAGCAAUAAAAAAGAAUUUUAUGGAUGAAAAAAAAAAAUACUUUUAAGAGUGACUUAACUGCUGCUAAUAUUUUCUUCUCUUUAAGCUCUUAUCAGUUUUAUUGUUAUUAUUAUUAUUAUUAUUUACCAACAGCAGUAACAAGGUGCACUUAAUUUUGCAUUUGUUCUAUAACGAAUGCCAACAAUUUAGGAUGGUGAGAACAAGUCCACACAAUAAAAAAAAAUGUUACAGAACAACAGUGUAAUGAAAAAUUAUUUUUAAAGAUGAAAAAGUUUUUUUAAUAGUUUUAAGAAAAAAGUGUACAUAAUGUAUUUUAAAAAAUUAUGUUAUAGGUGAAGGCCUUCUCCCAGAAAAAAAGGAUGUUGACAAGUACUUCAAAUUUUAAAUCAUUUUUAAGGAUAAGCAUCUGUCCUAAUAUCUAUAUUAUGAUUUAGAUAUGUCAUGCCCUUUUCUUUUUUUAAUGCAAAAAGGGAUAAUUAUGUUAAACAAAUAUUAAAUGAUCAGAUGUGUAAAGAAACAAACCUGUUAUAACAUCUUAAAGUGAAGUGAUAGAUCAAUGCAUAUCACUCUACAUUAUUUUUUUAAUGUAUUCACUCUUACUUCACAUGGUGUUGUUAACAGUGAGAUGUGUUUUCUCUUUAAAACAGGUUUGAUGAAAUGGAAGUUGUAGUAGUACACAGUGUGUAAUUUUUAUGUAUAGAGGACCAAGCCAUUCAAUCUUGACUUAAUACACCACUGUAUUUUAUGAAUAAAAACUCUAUUAUUGCUUAAACAUAUACUUCAUCAUAUCAUAUUUUCUAUAUUUUCAUGUGCAGUUUAGGAAUAUUUACCAACAAGUAAAUUUGUUUGAGAGUGCUGUAUAUGAAUUUUAAGGUGCAGUUUUCAAUACAAAUGUAGAAAUAAAAAUGAUAUGUCCAUAUGACUGGCAUACAUCAUUACCUUGAAUCACUUUUGGCAAGAAGGUAUAUAUGUUUCAUUAGAGCCUUGAUAAUAACAGCAUAGGUUGUGUACAGAUACAUUUGCUCAGAUGAAAAGCUUGCCAAUUCUCAUUGUUUCUUUUGGCAUAUUGUUUUUUUCUAUCUAGACCAUUGUGUAGAUAGGUCAUGUCACUGUUUCUUUUAUAGAUAAUAUUUAAGUUGUGAUUACUAUUCUAGGUAGCAUUCAUACUAAUGGAAUUACCAGUUUGUAUUACCUAACAUGUGGAAAAUUAGGGAUCCUAGUCGAUAUUAGUCAUCUGUAUGAUAUUUUGUGUAUUGCUGUAGGGAGAUAUCACUUAUCAGUAUCAUGGUGUAUAUCAAAAUUAUUCAGUUAUAUAAUUGUUACAAAAUAUUUUUGGUAAAAUUUCAUUGUAGAGGUUAUUUCCUGUACUUUUUUUUGUUUUUGUUUUUUGAAGGGUCCAGUGGGUGUAAUAAGCAGUGUGUAAGAAAUGUGGUCAAGCCAAACUUAGUGGUUCAUCAUGUUAUUGCUUAUUUUUCUUUUUCAUUUCUUCUUCAUGUUACAAGUAUAAUUAAAAACAGAAAUCAUUGAGGCAGUAACAGAAGCACUUUGAUAAUCUGAUAUGAUACUUGGUGCCAUGAGAAUGUUAACAUCACCUAUGUGGGAGUAUUUGAAAUCGCAAUGGUUUCAGAGCUAUAAAUACUAUUAUUGUAAAGGAAGGAUAAUUCUAAAAAGCUUCUGGUAACUUGUCCAUAAGUUUUAUCAGAAUUUAAUUUUUUUCCCUCUUUAUUCCUGUCAAAAAGUCUAAUGCAUCUUCCUAAUGCAUGUUGUGCUCAAUCAUCCCUGUUAACCUCAGCCUUUUUGUAAAAUUUAUUCUCUUAAUUGCCUUGCCCCUUGCCUUACCACCUAGAUCUGUAUUAUUGCAAUAAUAAAUAAAAUGAAUAGCUA